AGGGGAACACGAAGUGCCACAUCAGCGUCGUUGCAUUUUGGAAAUUAUAAAUAUUGAUUCAAGGCGAUUGAGGAGAGUGACGUAGAAAUUCCAUGGCUGAAGAAGGGAAACCAGACGCUCAGCUCUUUCAGCUCCUCUCUAAUCUCCUCCUUGAGGUAGAAUCACUUACAAAUCAAGAAGAAGUUGAGCUGCGUUCUAAAAUUGAAACUCUUGGAUUAGAGGUCACAAAAGUUCCCUCAAAGUCAACGAAACAGCUUGAUGAGUUGGAAAUAGCUAAGGAGUUGGAUAGAUUAUCAGCAAAAUUGGACGAUGUUGAUGAGAUGAUAUCAUCCACCAUGGCUGCUGAUCCUCAGGUGCGGUCUCUCUUAAGUUGUACAGCUGAUGUGUGGAUGCCAGUCAUCACUGCAACCACUGAGGAAAGACGUAAUUUUACAGCGUCUCCCGGAGACAACACCACCCAAACAGAUGCAGAAAACUCUAAAUAAAUUCAUAUUUUUAUGUUAGUGCUUUGUAUUAUUUUGAUAAAUUGACAUGCAUAAAGAAAGUGUUUCACUAUGCUACUCCAUACUUAAAUACAAACAAAAAAAGUUACAUGUUUUCCGUCAAAA